AAGAUUUGCAUAUUUAUUAAAGUGCAAGCCAGAUGCAAAGAAAAAAUGGUGUUCAUGUUGAGGAAAAGUUUAGUUUUUCUUUCAUAAAAUAAAAAAAAGAUACUUAAUGUGUACAAUUGUAUAUGCUAGGCGCGUUAUGGAUUCCUAAACAGUAAACUUUGAGUAAAAGAAUAGUAAAGAAACGUGCACAAUUUACAUUGACAUCCUGCUGCUUCAAGAAGUCCCAAACGCUAUUCUUACCGGUUCUGGCAAAUAAAAUGAAUCCGACUAUUGGAAAGUCAGCAGCUGCAGCAACGACAACUACCGCAGCUCAGUUGCUCAGUUGUGCACCCAGUGCAGCCGAGAAAAAUAAGCAAUGGCAGCGGGAAUUACUUAUGGAGCGAAUUCGGUCUCGCGGAAACCAACACAAAACCUUUGCUGAACUUUCAAAAGCUAUGCGUAUGUCUAUGCUGGAAAAACGUUACGCACUUGAUGCGGUAGAAAAGGCCAAUUUACAAAAAUGUCUCGACAGCAUGCAGCACUGCAUAAAGGUAACAUCGAGGCAAGGCUUAGUCGAACGUCUGGAGAGUUUAUCACGACAGCUGGGACUAAAGUUCAUGGAAGAUACAUCGGGCUUAUUUAUUUCGACUGAUAUGUUCUUUUUGGAAAUUAUUUUGGAUGCGAAUGGCGCACUCACCGAUGUGAAAGUGCAUCAUGAGUGUAAAAUUGAGCAGCAAUCCUGCAGUGAAUUGGUGAAUUGUUUGAAUAAUGGAGAUUUCGCUGAUUUCACUGUGCAACUAGAAGGACUCUCCUCCAUCUAUCAAUUGAAUGCAGAACCCAAAGUUAAAACAAAAGCCUUUGUUGCAUUGCAAGCAAUGGAAACAGAUCUGUACAAUCUUUUUCAAAUUCAAAAUUUCACCAAAGAUACCCAACAACUGGUUAAAGUAUCAUCGGUGGGUUUGGUAUUGAAACGACGUGGGGGCCAUCCUAUGAAGCUGAUCUAUUUCGUUCCGCCUUAUGACCUUUUAUCGCUCGAGUCCAAAUCGUUGCAACCGCUCACUACAGAUUUGAUUACGAGCAAAGAUAUCGGAUUUAGUGUGACAGUAAAUUUGGAGGCUUCGUCGGCCAACAAGUUGCAAAUCCUCCCCAUUGUGAGCGUAACUAAUGAUCCUCAAACUGGUCUGGAUAUGCCCAUAUAUGCGCCGUUGAAUCAACAAAACUCGAUGCUCUUACCAGCGACAUUUGUGCUACGAUUAAACAAACCGCUGCCCGUGUGCCAUGCCUCUUUAAGGGCACUCGGCGUACCAUUGGGUGUCGCGUCGGACAGCGCAAGUGGCAUUGAAUCGCUAGACAAAAAGGAACUUGUUACCUCAUCAAUUAUGGAUCUGGUAGUUCAAACGGCCUCAGAUCAGCAGCUGAAGAACUCGCAGAAGGGAUUGUUUGUGAAUUUGCCUGAUCAGACGCAAUGCUAUUUCUUUACCGAAAACAAACACUUGCAGGCCACCCUAAUCUCUUCCAUUCCUUUUACGGAGCCCAUUCAAGUACCAAAAAUAUUAAACUUUCUCAAAAGACAAGCACUUUUCUAUUCAUUGUUGGCUAGUUGUGUGCGUACACAGUCAAAAAUGGGCAAUGACAUGGAAUCGACCACCAUACUCGAGGUGAACGCUAUUUCCUUUAAGCAGAUUAGCGUUUCACUUCAACACCCCUACGAGGAAUCAAUGGCUACUGUGGAGUUCGACUUGCGCGAUGGCAAUGUAAAAUGUACAAUCUACUCGCUCACGAAUAACUACGAUUUGCUUUCUUUGAAACUCACAAAAAUAGUUGAAACGUGCUUAUCCAUACCUGUGACCAUACGUGCCUUACUCAAGUUGUGGGAUCAGGAAAGGUUGAAAAUGUUCCAACGCAGCAUUGGUGGUGGCGUUGGCGGUGGCAUGGGUGGUUUGGGUAGCACGGGCGCCUGCAGUGGCACCGGCUCAGGUGGCUAUGUAAAUUUUAAUAUGGGAGUUGGUCCAAAUGAUUCGGGUGGUGGUACUGGCGUACGAGGCGGCAGUGCCGUAAAAAUGGAACCAAACACACGACAGCUGCAGCAAAUGCCUUCUAUGGUUUCUGCAUCGGCCACGUUAGGUGGUGGUGGUAGUUCAGCUUGUAGUGGUGCUGCCGGCCUGUCAGGGUUUCUUCAAUAUAAACCAGAAAUGAAGCAAGAGGAUUUUCAUGACAGCCCAAAGAGUCAAAUGCAAAAUAGUUUGACGCUGCAUUCUGCUGAGAGCAGCUCUUUGGGCGGCUUACACCACCUUCAACAAACGCAGCAGCAACAGCCGUCACAACAACAACAACCAACACUAAUUGAUCAACUAGCUACCGGCAAGCAAUCGGAAAUAGAAAUAGCAGAUAAGUACAAGAACAUUUGGAUGGAUAAAACGACCAAUUUGAAGAACUGUGUCAGCAUAACACCCAUUUCGCCGGACAGCAACAGCAGGGGCGCUUCGCAGCAGCAAGGUGUUGAUGUGAAACGCGCCGUCGGCAUUGAAAUUAUACCGUUGACUUCGCAAUGUGGUGCUGCAAAUGGCGGCAAUGGCAGUGGUGGCGCUGCAGCAAUUACAACCGGCGUCGGUGUUCCGCAACCCGGCAUCAACACGUCGUCCACGAUCACUAUAACACCCAUAAAUGCUGUCGGUGGCAGCAAUAACGCUGGCAAAGAUAAGAAGUCAAGCAACAGUAACCCAGUCGUAGGCGGCAAUAUUCUAUCCACUAACACGGGCAUGUCGUCUGGCGCCAACAAACGCCAAUUGGAUGGACCAUCUCCCACGGACGGGCAAAAAGAGAAGAAACGCAAAAAGAAGCGGGACGAUUCGCCAAUGGGUCCACCAGAAAAAGUUUACUCUCGUCAAAAUUCACCCGCCGCCACAAGUGAAGCGGCCGCUACAGUGGUGGCACGCAAAUUUUCUUCGCCAUCCUCCUCACCCAAAGGUGGCAGCAGUGGUGGCAUGUUGAACAGUGGCAGCUCAGCUGCAACACUUGCCGCUGCUGGCAAUGCUGCUUUACUAUCGACACGUCCCAGCCCGAAACAUUCGCCCGUCUAUAGUAGUCCGAAGCACACAAACACCGCAUCGAAUAGUCCGAAAUCACCCUUCGGCACACACUCGCCGAAGCAUGGCUCUUCGGGCAAACCGAGUAUGUCCACACUAAAAAGUGCCACUGCAACCAGUCUCAGUCCGAAAGGUGAUAAAAGCGGUUGUGGCAGCGGCAGUGGCUUAGUUGGCUCUACAGGAGGCCUUUCAGCGGCGGCAGCUGCAGGUGUGGCGGCCGCAAAUGCUGUGAAAUCUGCAAUGGGAGUGGGCGGCGUGGGUGUUGUUGGCAUGCAACAAAUGAAGACAAUGAAUCACUUAGCUGCACCGACGACGAUGAAUACAACUGCCGGUGGCUACGGUGGAGUGUCGAAUAUGGGCAAUAUAAGUGGUGGCGGUGGUGGCGUAGGACAGUUGAUGAGCGGCAAUGGAGCAGGCACUGGCAUGGAUAUGAAUGCGGCAGCGUCACAAGCGGCAGCUAUGCGCAAAGUAGUUGGCGGCGCGGUUAGUUCGAUGGCGUCAACGAUGUCAGUCGCACCAACAACAGCAACAGCAACUCUAGCGUAUCCGGCAGCGCUACCGCUGCUGCCGCCGCAACGCUCGCCGCCGGCCAUUGGCAGCAGUGAGUCGCAACGGGGUGAAGAAUGUGCCGAGUCUAUAGACCAGCAAUCCAGCUCUUCCGAAUAUAUGGUGAAGUCAAGUCAAGAGGGUCUAAAGCUGACUAUCAACAAGACAAGCAGUGGUGGCAAAUGUAGCGUCAGCAGCAGCAGCAGCAGUGGUGAAGGUGGUGGCAGUGGUACUGCAGUCAGCACUUGUACGUCUGCUACAAUAGCAACAACGAAGGGUGGUGCCAAGUCAAGUGGCGCUGCAAGUGCGAAUUCAACGAGUAAGCGACAACAUACUGGUCUCAAGCCAGGCGUCAAUAGCGGACCAGCCUCAAAAAAAUUGUCGCUAGCAAAGUCAUCAAACAAGAAAAGUGCCACGUCGAAACAUCCAUUCCAGAAAUCCAAUUCUUCGGGUAGCCUAUCAACAAAAGUGGCAGGCUCUAGCACUUCUGCGCCUGCUGCUAGCGGUGGUUUGACUAAGAGUUAUAGCACAAAUUCCUUUGGUGACUUGAUCGCCGGCACUGGCUCACUGCGCAAAUCAUCAAAAAAAUCAUCUAGCUCCAACAGCGGUGGCACAUCUUCCAUCACAUCAACACCAACACAACCUGCCACACGUAUGGACCACCAAGCGGAUAUGUUGAAAAUAUUACAGUAUGCUUCACCCACAAUGGCGGCCAAUAUGGAGGGUUUUAUGAAGGGCCUCAAUAGCAAAUUUCAAAUACCAAAACUAUCGCAACGCGCCACGAAUACAACUUCAGCCACCAAUUGCACACAAUCGGCACCCACAACGCACACUGUACAACAACAAACACUAACGUCAGCGUUGGGCGUUGCAAGCGAUAGUAGUAGCGGUAGUGGUGUGACCGGGUCAAAAGUGAAUAACCAUACCAAUGAAGCCUUAAAACAGCAACAAGCGCAAAAUCAGCUUACAAAGUCAGCCUCCUCGAAUGUGCGCUCGUCGCCACUGUACCCCGAAAUGUCGGGUGACACAUCAUCGCCACCAAUCGGUUUCCAACACACUUCCACGUCAAUGCAAUUAAAUGCAAAUUACCAUUUGCAACAAACAUCGGAAGGCGUACAAAUGCAACAGCAAAAUAUAAAUCACCGUCAGCAGCAGCAGCAACAACAACAACAACAUACUUAUAAUGCAAACGCCCAACCACAGGCAUCGAUGACCGUUGAAUAUCACCAAACAAGUCAAGUUGCCGCCGAUGAGUCAACAUUUAUGCCAAGCGUUGCUGCUGCGCCCGCGUCAUCGGCUGGACUCGCCGGUAAAUGACAUUUAUUAUUUGGUUUCUCUUUUAUUUUCUUAAUUAUGGUAUAUUUUUAAUGUUAGGCUGAAGGACUUUGCUUGUCAGUUGCGAGCAUACACUUUGGUACCGUUAGGCUUAGGGAGAUCACUUAAAAAUUAUGUACUUAAAAUUCAUCAACUCCUGUAAACUAAUUGCGCAACAUAAUAAGCAAUAUGUUAUUAAUUUCUGUAAAAAAACAAAUAUUUUUGCUAAUCUUUUCGAAUAUAAGCCAUAAAAAUAUAGAGCUCGCGUACGCGGAAUUAUUAAGUGCAUUAACCCUUUUGCAUCACCGCUCGAAAUGCGCGAAGUUCUCAAAAUACCUUCUAAUGAAAAAAAAACUGUUCCAGGAUUACCAAAAUUAUUUAUUUUCCUCAAACUUUAACAAACAAAAAAAAUUGUAUUGGGGAUUAUUCCGUUCUUGGUGAUAAGAGAGAGUUUUUGUUCGCGCAUUUUUCCGUCGAAUAAUGCAAAAGGGUUAAAUGUAAAUAUGCGCCUGAAAAUAUGCAACGACCAUAACAUUCUUAAAAAAGAAAAGCAAACAUUUUAUUUUCUAGAAAAUACAAUUAAUUUAAUCGAAUUACUGUACAUGGCUCUAUGUUCCAAAUGCCUAAUACAUCAUCAAAGCUGCCAUCGUAGCAGUGGUAUGUCAGGAACUAAAAAAACAUUCCCAUGGUAGCCGGUUCUACGUUACCGGAAUGACUCGAGUUGCUCUCGACCAAGGGCUGCCGCCCCAGUAAGUUAGCCCUAUCUAGUGUACCGUACCCCCAGGAAUUAAAAAGUUCGUACUCGUUUGGAACCGUCACCCCCACCUGGAACCGCUUUCGCAGCAUUUCAGAGUGGCCCUUCACUUUUCUCAUGGCAAGAUCUAUGAGAUCCAACUGGAAAAAGUUAAACACCUGCGCUAUCAGUAGACAAACGUGGCCCGAAUGGCGCGUGGGUCGCACCAAGGGUCUACUCAAAUUAAGUAGGAAAGACUUAAGAAUCAUAGAAGGUGCCCUAUCUGGGUACUGUCAAAUAGGAAUAAUAGGAAGGCUUGCCAGGAGGUAAGCGGCGCCAUCCGCUGAAGCUGUUAGGAUAUAGAAGAGGAAGAUACAGUUGAACAGCUUCUAUGCGGAUGCAUGGCUCUGUGUAGAAGCUGGUUCAGACGGCUCGGUCUCGCUUUUCUGGACAACAUUGCGGAUGUUGCGAAUAUCAAGCUAGCUAGUAUAGCCAGCUUUUUAAAGGUCAUACACCAUGGUUUAAAGAGGACCAAGUAUAGUAAGGAUAGGAUAGUUUCUGUGGUAUCACAUGGGGCCUCUAACUGUCGUAUGUGCGUCGUAGCACAGCCACUUCAACUAACCCUAACUUAAGACCUAUGCUUGUGUGCUUGCUUUGGAAAAGGUGUCAUCUUCGGCUGCAUAUGCAUGUAAGGUGUUCGCUUUGCCCUAUUUUAAACAGGUAUUUCUGAAAAUACCCGUGCCCCGAAACCAUUUGUGUUGUAUGAGAAUUUACUUCACCGAAGUUCCUACUGUACCAUGUCCCGAAAUAUUUUAUUAGCCUAGUCAUACAUCCGCCACGUGUUUUGUCUCUCUAGCGAUCUUGCCAUAGCUUUAUCGUUUCGUCCUUUAUUUCGCGCGAGCUGCAAGCUUGUCAACUCCUUCUUCCAUCCUCUCGUUAAUGCCCACAACUUUUUCCUUUCGAAGGCUAGUAAGUCAAUCGGUAUUGAACCGCUUAUCACAUCAGCAGCUGUCCCUGAUACUGUGCGGUAGGCAGACGCAUCUCUCAGAGCUGCUGUUCGCUGUACCGAUGCUAGGAGUUUUCCCUGGUGAUUCACCUCAGUUCAGCUCCGUAUAAGAAAGUGUAGAGCGUCGUUUCCACCACAACCAGUUUUACGUAACGGGAACGACCUGUAGUUUCAGCAACAUUCCCCGCGUGUGUAUGGGGAAUGUUUACGCUGCUAGAACACCAACAACAACAGAACGUAGUUCGUUCCCUAUGUUUGCUCUUAGCGGCUUUCUCGGCUGCGUGUUUUAUUUGUCCACAGAAACUUAAUCUUGGGUUCAAUCCUAUGCCUAAGUAUGUCAUUUAAAUCCUUUUUGGUGGUUAGCUUACAAGUUAUUUGUAGCUAAAAUAGUCUCAUUUUGCAAGUAUUUUCCCAACUCCAUCUCGCUUUCGCAAUUAUACCAGCCGUAUUUCAACUGAUUACCGACAAAAAAAAAAUUAUAAUAAUAAAAUCGCUUAAUUUAUAUAUCUACUUGUCUCUGCAAAUAUGUAUGAAUUUCAAAACCCCUUUGCUGGCUCCACAAGAUUAGUCUCUCAAGUAGUAUCUUUGCUGCCACUUACCUAGCCACAUGCGAGUUUAAGGCUCAGCUCUUUAUUUGAAAUUCUUAUUUAACGUAUAUGAAGAUGUUUCUUAUGGAUUUUACUUAUCAGGUACCCACUGAAUCUGGCUCCGAUUAUUUCAGGCGUGGUGCAUAUUUGCACCUUCUAUGUCUUACAUUUGGCAGUUCACAUUCUGUGUAUUGUAGUAAUUGCAUAUGAAUCGUGAGCAAUCGUGUGAAUUCUAACAGAAGUGGUGCUAAAAUCACAGUUACUAAUGUUGCUUGAGGGAAACAUAAGUUGCAUGCCUGAAAGUAUGCAAUAUACUUAGUCUUGCCAUAAAUUCUGUGACAACUUUUAGAAUGCGUGCGGCGAGAAUAAAUUUAAGCAAUUUGAACGAACAAUUUUGUUGGUAUGCAUUAACAACUCAUUAAUUAUACUCAGUUUCGUGGCAAAGUUCGCUUUUAAACCAUGGAUUGAGGGGUGAGCUAAGGAAAAUCGCAUUGGAUUAUACAGUUUGUAGUCAGAAUUGGACAACAUGGCCUGUCGACGAAUGCCUCACAGAAAUGUGCACGAGCUGAUGGGCCUUAUCGUUUGAAGGCUUCUGUAAAAGCAAAUGAUGAUUGUUUCGCAAGAAAAUUUAAAUAUUUUUUACUUAAUGGGCUAUAUACAGUUAGAAGGCCGAGAAAAGCCGAGUUUUUUCAGAAUUUUUUCUGAGAAAACUUAAACUUAUUGAUCUAAAAAUUUUUACACAUACAGUCGAACUUCCAUAUAGUGAAUUCGCACGGGACCUGA